AUGCAAAAUCCCCGAAAUAGUACACCCACAAUAACCCUUUCGGUUGAAUUAGAAGAUCCAAAUGAUCCAAAUGAUCCAGAAAAUGAAAAAAUCAACAACGAAAAACAAACAAAAGCCACAAUAGAAUUGAUAGAAAGAAGAGUUGUUGUAAUAUCAAUUUUAAUACCGUUUUCAAUCAUUGGAGCUCUUAUCAGGGUCAAGUUGACUAAUUGGCACUCGUAUCAAGAAGCUCCAGUAUUUUCACAAAUAUAUCCACAAUUUGUUGGAUGUGUGAUAAUGGGAUUUUGUUUAUCUAGGAAAAAUUUUAUUAUGGAAAGAUAUCUGCCUUUAUACUUUGGAUUAACAAUAGGUCUUUGUGGGUCUAUAACAACAUUUUCCUCUUGGAUUCUUUUAACAAUUAAAUUACUUAUCAAUUAUCCAAACAAUUAUUCAAAUGGACAAAAUGUUUUAGCUAGUUUGGCUGCUAUUGGAAUAACCAUAGGGAUGUCAGUAUCUGGAUUAAGAUUUGGAGAACACCUUGGAGAUUUUAUUUUAUCAAGUCAAAGAUUCAAAUCAACAAAUUUACACAAAAUUUCAACCAAACCAUUUAAUUUGAAGGAACUUUCUGUUAUUGAUUGGAUAAUUGUUGGAUUUAGCACAUUUGUUAGAUUGUGGCUAUCUAGAUACAAUAGGAUUACAAAAUUUUUCCCUAUUGGGACUUUUGCAGCAAACAUUUUAGGCUCUACUAUUCUUGGAAUUUUGUAUUUACUUGGCCAUGGUACUAUUUCAUCAAAUACAGGGUGUGACUUGAUUAGUAGCGGUUUAGCUGAUGGAUUUUGUGGAUGUUUAACAACAAUUUCAACUUUUGCUGCUGAAAUUACAACGCUUCCCAAAAAACGUGCAUAUGCAUACGCAUUAUCUAGUACCAUCACUGCUCUGGUUAUAGUGACUUUAAUCGUUGGCAGUUACAAUUGGAAAAUUGGAUUGUCAAAUACAUGUGAAAUCUUUUAA